AUGGCCGACCUUGUCCACCAUCCAGAUGAACUCUCGCUAAGGCCACUGGAUAACUUUCUCCCCGACUGGCUACCACCUAGCAGCGAGCUGCCGAGGAACCCAGAGGAUGCCUUCACCAAAGGCUUGGCUCUCGCCCUAGGUCCAACAACAGGGCGGUCGCGAGAUGUCCCUGAGCUGGAUAAGCCGCUCGAAGGACCCCCUGUUGUGGAAUCCAGUGAGGAGGAGAAGGAGAAAGAUGACGAUCAUGUGUGGGAAUUGGCGGCGAAAGCAGUGUCACACAAAUCAACGCUGUUCACCUGGGAUACUUCUUCUCAAGUUUUCCGUCUUCCGCCGCUGUUAUCACAUCAUCCAGAGCUGUUCUAUGCUGCUCUUCGAAAAACGGUCCAAACCCCAACAGUGACACCGUUCCCACCCGAGUAUAUUGCCUCGGAGCUGAGAACCUUGCUCACCGGUUAUUCUGGCUCGCUAUGGAUCUGGAACAACAUCGAAGAACAAUUUGUACCCAGUCCAAACGCUGCGGGGAGCAUUGUCGUUGAUGGUUAUUCGGCCACUGCUUCAACCAGCAUCUUCGAGCGUUUCCUGACUAUCGGGACUCUGGUUCGUCGCUUGCAGGCUGUCCCAACUCAGCUGAUGGGGGCGUCGGAGUCUUGGAUGCACGCAUUCUCGCACGCCCUCACUCUGGUGCUGUCGCAUAUUCGUAGUACGCUCGAGGUCGAACCCAUAUGUCCGGAAAAGAACCUAUCCAGCUUGCAUCUUGAGUACGAAACACAGGAACCCAUGCUCGUUGCCGUCGCAACUCUUCUAAGACGCGAUCGCUCGCAUUAUCCACCUUAUCGGUCUCUCCCCUCGAACAUGAUAUCAGCUCUCUACAAAGCACUGGACCGCGCGAUCAACACGUCCGCUCCGCAUGCCGUCCAAUGCACUCUGUCCUUCCUCCUGCAGCUAUCCACUCAACCCUGCAUACGAGCCGUGGAAGAAGCCCUCGGUUUAGGUCGAGCUACUUUUCUUCCCGAUAUGGUAGACGAGUCUUCCGAGCUGGCAAGCCCAAACGAGGAUCGCGCCCCGAUGGAAGUGAAGGUUAUGGAGAUGAUCCUUCCCAGUGAAGUACGUCAGACACUGGAACGUGGUCGAAAAUCCCUUGUCUUGCUGAAAAAGGCAUGUCCCGCUCACAUCCUCUGUGGCCGGACAAUCGAAGAUAUUGACGAUGCGGAACAUUUGAAGUGGAUAUGGGGAGAUGAUGAGGUGCAAAGAGUACAAGCAGAGGCUGAGCAGCAGGCAGAUCUUCUCCGUGAUCUUAUGUGCCGAUGGAAAUCCGGUUUACCAGUCGAUCACAAAGCGCAUGUCCCUGCGCCAUUUCCAAAGUCUACUGCUGCACCAAACGAGUUUGAUAUUUCCUUGCUGCUGCUCCCCGCGACACAAUCCACGGACGACAAUGCUUUCAACAGGUUUCUGGGGUCCCAUCCCCCACCACUUUUACCAUCUUCUGCCCCAACAUUGCCCUUACUUCUCCAUCAUGUAUUCGCCAAGAUAUUAGCAAGAUCGAAGGUUAUCUCACAUGCACUAUUAGACUCACUCCUCUCCCCCGCGUCGCAGCAGGGCGGCGCUGACUUGCUUGCCCACUUACACAUCCUCAGCAGUUUCCAUCUCCUCAACUUCGCCCCCUUCACCGACCUCCUUACAAACGCGCUUUUCGUUCAUCCUUCACCCGAGAUUGCCCACGCUCCCGGAACUCGUUCCCGCGUGCGGGCCAGAUUAGGCAUCGCCCCUCUGCCCCAUCAAGUCACCGGGGAAGAGUUCGCUGCUGUGGGCCUAGGCGUCGGUCUUACCCAGCGCGGUCAAUGGCCGCCUGGCGGAAGCGACCUCAACUGGAUCCUGCGACGAGUGGUCAUCGAUUCUUUGGAAGUUGACAAACAAGGCAGGUUGAAGACAGCCCGGGUGGACAAGGUGUGGGAACAGGCAGACUCUAUCGUUGGAUUCGCCAUUCGGGACAUCGAGGAAGGAGACGACGCGUGGUUAGAUCCAUUAGGCAAGUCGCCUCACAAGUCUGGUACCGGCACUAAACGAGCCACAGCUGUUGAGGCUCUGGAUUUCCUCGACCUUCAGUACAAAGUGCCUCGGAGUUUAGCUGUCGUCUUAUCGGAACGCGCCAUCCAAAAGUACAGGCAGAUAUUCAGCUUCCUCCUGCGGGUCCUGCGAGUUGACACAGUCGUCCGGACCAUGUAUGAUCCAGCGAUUCACGAGCUUCUUUUCCCCUCCUCCGAGGCCAACGCCCACCUGCUUUUACGCACACGCUUCCUUGCCCAAGGCUUCACCUCUUCUCUCGUGAACUAUUUGAUGGACAGUGCCUUACGUUCCCCCUGGUCAGCCUUCUACUCCCAACUCACUCGGGUCAAGGAAACGUCUCGCGACCCAGAGGUGCAGGACGUCUUCGCCCUUGCUGCACGGCACGAGCGAGUGAUGAACACGCUGCUCGAGGGGUGCAUGCUUCUUCCUGGGCAGGCACAGCUUGCCGGAGAGGUCAGAGUUUGUCUGGGCACGAUAUUACUGCUGGGACAGCUGGUGCUGGACCGAAGAAGGGGAACGCUAUCCGAGCAAGAAGGGGGCGAUCAGCUCCGCUCUCUGGCGCACAAGCUUAUUACAACUACACAGACAUUGGUCCAGCUCUUGAAGGAGGACCAGGCAGGAAAAGAACUGCCUCGAGCUACUAUUCCCACAGGAAACGAGGGCGGAGCGAAGCUUUCUGAUCUUCUCCUAAGGCUGUGCUUCUAUGAACCAGUGAAGAGAAAUGGGUGA